AUGUCUGUCAAUGAUGGAAUAAACAAGGAUUCGUUCUCCCUACAUUAUGUCACAGUGGACGAUGCCAUUGAGCGUCUGCAACGUCAAGGUACCGGUGCCUUGAUGGCGAAGCUCGACAUACGCAAUGCAUUUCGACUGGUCCCGGUCGCACCCACUGCAUACCAUUUGUUGGGUUUCCAGUGGCAGGGCCAAUUCUACUAUGACAAAGUACUGCCAUUCGGGCUGAGGUCCGCACCCUACUUGUUUAACUGCAUUGCGGACGCACUUUGCCAGAUAAGCUGUGAACUGUUCCAGGUUCCCCACCUCCUGCACCUUCUGGACGACUUCUGGCUCUGUGGCCCUGCAAACUCAACGCUAUGUGCGCAGCGUCUGAACGUAGUCCUCUCCGUAUUCCGCUACCUGGGAGUUCCCAUUGCCGACGAAAAGACAGUCGGCCCAACCUCCUGUCUCACCUUCCUGGGCAUCGAACUGGACUCCGUCCAGAAAGUGGCUCGUCUCCCACAGGACAAGGCUGACGACAUCCGCUCCAGACUAUUGGCCUUUCGCCAACGCCAAUCCUGCCGUCUACGGGAGCUUGAACAGCUGUUGGGCAAGCUGAACUUUGCCAGCCGCGUCAUCACGCCGGGCCGUACAUUCAUGCGCCGACUGUACGAUGCCACGCGCAACGUUUCCAAGCCCUACCACCGCAUCCGUCUCUCCCCAGAAUGUCAUCUGGACCUUCUUUGGUGGUCUCACCUACUCGAUGGCUGGAAUGGCAAGUCAUUCUUCCUCGAUCUCCAGGAGACUCUGGCCAGCGACAUCCUGAUAGAAACUGACGCAUCUGGCGCCAUUGGGCAUGGCGCAGUUUACGGCACGCAUUGGUUCGCCGACACCUGGUCACCACAACACACUCCGCUCUGCAUUACGUUCAAGGAGCUGUACCCCAUCUGCAUUGCAUGUGCUACGUGGGGCCACCAGUGGUGUCGCAAGCGUAUCCGCUUCCAUACCGACAACGAAGCUGUCGCCGCUGUUCUCAAGUCUGGCACCAGUCGCUGCCCUAAUGUGAUGUCACUCCUACGGCAGCUCUUCUUCAUCUGCGCCAAGGGUAAUUUUAUGGUCACCGCCCGUCACAUACCGUGA